ACAAGAUCUAGAAGCGAUACUAAAGAAAAAUUAGAGGAUUUGACACUACCCAAUUAUUGUUAUAUAUGCAAAGCUAAUUUAAUGACACCAGGCAGUGCUACAUCGCAUUAUAACUCGAAGAGGCAUAAACGUAAUAUUGUGGUGUGCAGAGAUGAGAUUGUAAAAAACCUAAAAAGUGAACAACAGGAAGCAGUCGAAGUUAAAAGGAAAGAAGAGUUGAAUCCUGAUAUAAACAAUGGAGAAAUGUUAGAAAAAAAUAAUAUCAGUCAAAACGAGCCUGUUAUACAGAUUUUAGAGGAAAGGGGGAUUCAACCUGGUAUAGGCAAUGGAAAAAUGUUGAAAAAAAUUAAUACCAAUCAAAAAGAGCCUGUUAUCGAUAUUUUAGAGUUAAAUAACCUAAAAAGUGAACAAGAUUUGGAAGUGAUAGUAAAGGAAAAAAUAGAGAACUUGACACUACCAGAUUAUUGUUAUAUAUGCAAAGCUAAUUUAAUGUCGCUAUGCAGUGCUACAUCUCAUUAUAACUCGGAUAAGCAUAACAUUAAUAUUGCGGUGUACAGAAAUGAGAUUUUAAAUAACCUAAAAAGUGAACAACAAGUUUAUGUAGAUCUCGAAACGAUAGUAAAGGAAAAAAUAGCCAAUUUGACACUACCGGAUUAUUGUCAUGUAUGCAAAGCUAAUUUAAUGUCGCCUGACAGAGCUACAACUCAUUAUAACUCGAAGAGGCAUAGACGUAACAUUGCCGCUAAAGAUGAAAUUCUAAAGAUCCUGAAAAGUGAACAACAGGAAGCAGUCGAAGAUAAAGGUUAUUGUUGCCUUAUAUGCAAAAUCGAAGUAAAUUCCAAAGAGUUAUAUGAAGCUCAUGUUCAAACCUGUAUCCACAAAUUAUAUUCUUCUGUAGAAACAAAUAAUAAGAGUCACAAAACUAUUGUUAGUAUUAAAAAUAAUGAAUGUAAUAUAGGUAAAGGUAAAAAUGAAACUGCUGCUUGUUAUAAUACCAAUGAAAGAGAGCUUGUUAUAGAUGAUUUAGAGAAACAGGAGAUUAAUCCUGUUAUAAACAAUGAAGAAAUGUGUGAAAAAAUUAAUACCAAUCAAAAAGAGCCUUCUAUAGACGAUAUUUUCGCGGAAGCGUGGAUUAAACCAGUUACAAAAAAUGGAGAAAUAUUGGAAAAAUUUUACUCCAAUCAAAAAGAACCUGUUAUAGAGAUUUUAGAGCAAGUGGGGAUUAAACCUGGUAUAGACAAUGUAGAAAUGUUGAAAAAAAAUAACACCAAUUAUCAAACAGAGCCAGCUCAAUUAUAUUCUUCUGUAGUAAAAAAUAAUAAUGGCCAUGAAAUUAUAGUUAAUAUUAAUAGCAAUGAUUCUGAUAUAAGUAAAGGUGAAAAUGAAACCACCGAUUAUUAUAAUACCAAUGGAAAAGAGCCUGUUAUAGAUGAUUUAGAGACACAGGAGAUUAAUCCUGUUAUAAACACUGAAGAAAUGUGGGAAAAAAAUAAUACCAAUCAAAAAGAGCCUGUUAUCGAUAUUUUAGAGUUAAACAACCUAAAAAGUGAACAACAAGAUUUAGAAGCGAUAGUAAAGAAAAAAAUAGAGAAUUUGACACUACCGCAUUAUUGUCAUAUAUGCGAAACCAAGUUAAUGACGCCAGACCGAGCUACAUCUCAUUAUGAAUCAAGAAGGCAUGAACUCCAUAUUGCGGCACACAGAAAUAAGAUUUUCUAUAACCUAAAAAGUGAACAACAGGAAGCAGUGGAAGGUAAAAGUUAUUGCUGCCUUGUAUGCGACAUAGAAUUAAAUUCCAAAGAGUUAUACGAAACUCAUAUUGAAAGCUGUCUCCACGAAUCAUAUGCUUCUCUAGUAAAAAGUAAUAAUGGUCAUGGAUCUAUUGUUAAUAUUAAUAGCAAUGAUUGUAAUAUAAGUAAAGGUGAAAAUGUAACCGCUGCUUGUUACAAUACCAAUGAAAACGAGCCUGUUAUAGAUGAUUUAGAGAAACAGGAGAUUAAUCCUGGUAUCAACAAUGGAGAAAUUUUGGAAAAAAAUACCACUAAUCAAAAAGAGUCUGUUAAAGAUAUUUUAGAGGAAGUGAAAAAUAAAUCUGAUAUAAACAAUGGGGAAAUGUUGGUAAACAAUAAUACCAAUUAUCACAAAGAGCCAAGUCAAAAAUUAUAUUCUCCUCUAGUAAAAAAUAAUAAUGGUCAUGAAAUUAUAGAUUAUAAUAAUAGCAAUGAUUGUAAUAUAGGUAAAGGUGAAAAUAAAACUGCUUCCUGUUACAAUACCGAUCAAAAAGAGCCCGUUAUAGAUGAUUUAGAGAAAAAUGAAAUGGAAAUUGUUGUAAACAACGAAGAAAUGUUGAACCCAAAAAUUAAGCAGAUAAUAGACAGAUUCAUUGAAAUCUCCCAUAUAGAAAAUUCGAUAAUAAACGAGCAUAAAAAUGAAAUAAUGACACUAUUAAAACAGAAAUUUAUAGAUUGUGAAAAGACCGAGUGUUACAAAGUACAAGCCGAGGUUUUUUUACUUCUGAAACAGAUAAUCGACAAAAUAUAUUGCGCUGAUUCUCCACCUUUAAUGGAAACUUUAAAAGUGCUAGAGUCAGUGCACAAAAACUUGCACAACCCUGUCCAAAUCCGUGAAGAACAAUGUACCCAGUUAAAACAUGAGAAAAUUUCUGAGGUUAAAGUCUUUAAACAGAGUUUGAAAGGUAGGUCUGGGUAUUUCAAAGUAACUGUCGUGGCAAUUGUCACGAUAGGUUUUAUAUGGUGGUUAAUAAAGAGUUCAAGCAGGACAUAAGAUUUAUACGUAUCUCUCGACAAGUAACGCAGAAACUUACGUUAGUGUACGUCCAUAGUGUAUUUUUUAUUAUUUUAAUUGCUUAUAUAUUUCGGUUAGGUGGGUUUAUACCGGGGUAAAUCAAAACUUAGUUUUUUGCAAUAAAUUCAAAAUACCCUGUGCAAAAAAUGGGACGGGCAUUUUGGAUUAAAAAAAACACUUUCCUGCAAUUUUAGAUGUAUACUUAACAUUUCAUUUUUUGAAUUAUCCUAUUAUAUCUAUUCUUUUAUGAGCAGCACGUUUUUAAAUAAAGUACUGAUAUUUUUACAAUUUUGAAUUUGUUAUAUCGAAGAUGGCACACCGUUAAGCCGGAGUCUCAUGCAUCCGAAAUCCGAUGGUACGACAUCCGAAAUUUGAAGUUAUCGUGUGAAAUAAAAAAAGC